UACUCUCGGCUGCAUAGUGGAGUUUGAUAGGCUGGUGGAGAGGGGAACUGCAGCAGAGUAGCACCGCUGUCAGGAAACAGAAGCCCACUACGAAUGCAACUCGCAUAACCAGCUGAACGAGGACGCCGUGUCUGUGUGAUUUACCAUGACAACUGAAUCAGGCGCCGACUCGGAGGCCAAGCAGCCACAGGAGAAUAAGGAGACAGAAAAGGGGAAAGCAAAAGCGGCAUCCCAACCCAGCCAGGUGGCAGCCGAACCCGCCUUGCCUCAGAACCAACCGGAGCAGCUUCCAGCCGCCGUCGGACACAGUACCCCGGCCAGGAAAGAACAGGAGCAGCAGGAAGAGGAUCUGGUAUCCCACAGGUCAUCCACCAGUCGUCUGUCUAGGUCUCCGCUGAGAGGAGUCAAGAAGGUGAAGAUCAUGCAGUGUAAAGUCACUCUGCUGGAUGGCUUAGACUUCACGCUCAAUGUAGAGAAACGAGCCAAGGGCCAGUUCCUCUUUGAUAAAGUGUGUGAUCACCUCAACCUACUAGAGAAGGACUAUUUUGGCAUUACAUAUAGAGAUGUAGAGAAUCAAAAGAAUUGGCUGGAUCCUUCCAAGGAGCUGAAGAAGCAGAUCAGGACUGGACCCUGGAACUUUGCUUUCAAUGUAAAGUUUUACCCACCAGACCCCUCACAACUGACUGAGGACAUCACAAGGUACUACCUGUGCUUGCAGCUGAGGGAUGAUGUAGUUUCAGGUCGCCUACCCUGUUCCUUUGCCACCCACACGGUGCUGGGCUCGUAUACAGCGCAGUCCGAACUUGGAGACUAUGACUCAGAGGAACUCGCCAGCGACUACCUCAGUGAACUGCGCUUCGCACCCAACCAGACCAAAGAGCUAGAGGAGAAGGUCAUGGAGCUCCACAAGACUUACAAGGGGAUGUCACCGGCUGAUGCCGAGAUGCACUUCUUGGAAAAUGCCAAGAAGCUAUCCAUGUACGGUGUGGACCUCCACCACGCUAAGGACUCGGAGGGUGUGGAGAUUAUGCUGGGAGUUUGUGCAAGUGGCCUACUCAUCUACAGAGACAGGUUGCGGAUCAACAGAUUCGCCUGGCCCAAAAUCCUCAAAAUCUCCUACAAAAGGAACAACUUCUACAUCAAAAUCCGGCCCGGCGAGUUCGAGCAGUUUGAAAGCACGAUUGGUUUCAAGCUUCCAAAUCAUCGUGCUGCCAAAAGGCUCUGGAAAGUCUGCGUGGAACACCACACCUUCUUCAGGCUCGUAUCCCCCGAGGCACCCCCAAAGAAGUUCCUGACUCUCGGCUCCAAAUUUCGCUACAGCGGCAGAACACAGGCUCAGACACGCAGGGCCAGUUCUCAGAUCAUCAGACCUGCUCCGUUCUUUGAACGCACCUCCAGCAAACGCUACAACAUGUCCCGCAGCUUAGAUGGAGCUCCAAUUAUGGAGAACCACGAGACCCUGAUGAAGGACAAUGCUGCUGACGGGGAAGCCAAAGUCAUUGCCAAGGGAGACAUUAUCACCACUGUAACAACUGAGAAAAAAGCAGAGGAAGAGAAGGCUGAGGAGGGGGACGCUAAGAAGGACACAGCAGAGACACCAGAACCUGCUGCCACAUCACCGCUCAGACAAGACACAAAGUGCACCCCUCAUGCAUUCACAUCUGACCCCCUCCGUUCUGAGCUCUCGCUCCCUUCAUCCCCCAUUUCAUCAACUAAAGUACGGCGCAGGCACAGGGAGAACGCCCGCAAGCGGGCUUCAUCAGUCAGUCCAGUCAAGAGCAGUACCGGGUGCCGCCGCCGGCAAGCCCGCGCCGACCAUAAAGCCGCCCUGCUGGAGGAGCAGGCUCUGCUUUUGUCAGCCCGCAAGCAGAGGCUGGAGCAGGGCAAGAGCCGGGGCGGCACGCUCUUCUCCUUCUCCCUGCACCUGCCCGACCUGUCGUCCAUCCUAGAUGAGGAUGGCUACAUCACAUUCCCUGACCUGUCAGAGAUGCGCUUCCUUCCUGAGUGUGCGCAGAACUUCCUCCCCAUUAAGUCACCUUCACUCAUCCCCUGCUUCCUUUUCAUCUUCUUCUUCCUGCUUUCCACUUCCUUCUCUGUGCCCUAUGCCCUCACCCUCUCCUUCCCGCUGGCGCUGUGCCUCUGCUACCUGGAGCCCAAGGCAGCCUCCCUGACCGCCUCCCUAGCCCAGAGUUACCAUGACCAUGACAGUUCAGAGGAAGAGGAGACUGACAGCGAACAAACUGAUUUUGCCUUUGAUGGAGAGAUGACCGCUACAGAGUAUAGUUUCAUAAGACGAGUAAAAGGGGAAAACGUUUUUAUCAGACAUAGUAAUCUGAUGCUAGAGGACACAGAGCCUCCGGCGGAGGUCGUCAAGCACCAAACCAACAUCAGCGAAUUGAAGCGUUCCUUCCUGGAGACCGACGGAAGCAUCGCCACGCCUGGUCUGACAGAGUGGGAGAAGAGACUCUCCUCGUCCCCUAUGCGCUCACCUAGAUCGGAUGAGGCACCAAUGAUAGAGCCGCUGGAGCUGGAUACUAAAGAAGAUGAGCCAGCAGCAGAUGAGACAAAAGAGGUGGAACCUAAAAUCACUGAGGCAGCAGGUUAUCUGGUGAAAUAUGUGGUGGAUAGUAUGACAGCUGAUGGGCCCACCUCCUCUGGGCCUCAUGGGAUUAGUCUGUCAACCACUAUGGACGACGACGUCUUUAUGGACGGGACCCUGAGGGAGGUGGAGGAGAAAACCCCUGAGUCCCAGGACGACGUGUCAGAGAGGUUGGUGGUGAAGGUCAGCCCCGGAGCUAUGAGACAAGAAGUGUCCCAAGCCAUCAGCGACAAGAAAGGGACGCUAAUUAUCCUGAAGGACGCCGAGGAUAAAUCAGACACUGAGGGCAAAGAGAAAAGUGCUGUCCCUGGAGAGUUUAAAGCUGAUGAGCAUGUAAUGCGGAUGGCUUCUAAAGAGGAAGAAAUCCCCAGAGCAGACACUUCAGUUGUUACAGAAGCUCAAACUACAGCCGCCAAGAUGCUGAGUCCGAAGGUGGAGAUAAAAACAGACAGCAUGACUCAGAUUAAAGGCAUUGACUCGCCUAAGAAGGCUAUGGCAUCAUGGAUCUCUGAGGAGGUGAAGACGGAGACUCCAGAGUUCAUCAGUAUGUCAACAAAGGAAGUAAAAGAUAUGAAGACUUCUGAUGGACUACAGGAGAGAGCAGAAAUCUUCACUUUCAAAGAAGUCCAGUCUGAGCAGUCAAAGUCCAGCCUGACUCAGAUUACAGUUUCUGAAUCUUCAACUACAUCUUUAGUUGUGUCUACGUUGGAGUGUGUUUCCUCCUCUCAAAAGGCACCAGCUGGUCAGGAGGAGAAACCGGUGAUAGAGACGGAGGCACUCCCAGCCAAGUCUGCAGGGCCAUCGAGUCCCGACAUUACCGCAGUGGCUACCAAAGACAUGCCCGUGAUCCACACUGAGACAAAAACGAUCACCUAUGAAGCUGCAGAGGUUGAGACUAACGGUGAUGCAGACCCUGGAGUGUUGCUGAGUGCUCAGACGAUAACCUCAGAGACCACCAGCACCACGACAACCACACACAUCACAAAGACGGUGAAAGGAGGCAUAUCGGAGACAAGAAUCGAGAAAAGGAUCGUUAUCACCGGAGACGCAGACAUCGACCAUGACGAGGCUCUGGCUCAGGCCAUAAAGGAGGCUAAAGAACAGCACCCUGACAUGUCAGUGACCAAAGUAGUGGUACAUAAAGAGACAGAGAUCACGCCAGAGGAGGGGGAGGACUGAACCAGGAAUAACUCUGAGGGCUUUUCUUUUUUUUUUUUUUUUUAAACCUCUGCACCCUCCCAGAAUCCAGCAUCCAGAACUCCACAUAUAACGUCGGGACUCUCAGAAGACUAGAAAGGCCUCCUACUCUCCAAGUGCUGCAGCUCCGCCGCUAGUCACAGCCAUCAUCUGCAAAACAACUAAAUGCAUUUUGCAUGAGAAGGAAGCAACGUUGCAUUAUCAAACAAGAUUAUACAGAAAACCAUGUGAUUCUCCAAGUGGUUCCUCAAUCCGUCUGCACGCCAAAUCCCUGUGUGCAGCAAGCAAAACCUUUUGCUUUCACUGCCUUAUAUGACUUUGAUGCAUUUUUAUGAUUAUUGAGAAUAAUUAUUGUAGCAACGUUUUAUUUAUGAAAUAAAGCCAUCACUCCGGAAACUUAAAAUCGCUGUAGGCUGUAUAUGUUAGAGAGCGUACACUAUUUAACCUCGCAGUAGAAGUGCCAACGUUAUUUACAAGCAAGCAUCGCCUCAUUCCUUCAAACAGCUCCGUGGUUAUCCAGCAGGUAUGUCACUACAGAAAUCACUACAGCUACGUACUGUACAUAUCAAAGCUUUCCUAGGAAAAUAGCAAAUUAUCUUUCAAAGUUGAUUUUUUUUUUUUUGUCAUGUCUACUUGAAUAGCAUUUUCCUUUAUAUCAGUGUUUCAUCAUUUCUCAUUGAUUCCCCCACUUCAAGGUUUUUAGAGACUAUGUCCUGGCAAAAAAGUCAAGGAAUCAAAGGUUUCUGGGCAUGAAAUGGAUUUUAUUUGCCUGUGGAGGGUUUGUUUUUUCUCCAGGGUAGAUGAUCAGCUGCAGCACAAGUCCCAGGUUUGUGUGACUGUGAGGCAAAGGGUUCAGACUGGCGAGCUCUCCCCUGAUUUACAUUCAAAGCCAAGAGAGAUCUAUAAUCCCCCUCCACUUUCGCCCACCCUGAACACAUCAGCUGUGUUGCCCCCCUCUUAUCCAUUCUAAUGUAUCCAAAAAAAUGAGUAUUAUUGAUGUACAGCUGUGUUUUCCUCAAAAAGGUGCAACAAAAGUGGCAAGUGCAUUUGUUUUGUUUUGUUUUUUUUAAUUUGCUGGUCUCUUCUAAAAUAAUAAAAACCACCACAGUACUGAAA